AGUCCUCCUAAAAUCAUAAUAUUAUUCAGUUUUUUUCUUUUCCUUUCUGUUUUUUCUUGCAUAUAAAAAUAAAAACAAAAUGGCUCAAAUUUCCCAGAUUUCUGCAGAUGUUCAAAUAAAAUGUUGUGCUGAGAAAUUCUAUGGUUUUUUUAGGAAAAAUAUGUUCCAAUUGGCCCAAAUGUUCCCUAAAAACCUUCAUAAUGGUGAAUUCCUUGAAGGAAAUGACUUUACUACCGGCGCUCUCAUGCAGUGGUCUUAUGAUAUUGUUGGCCCUGCAAAAGCGAAGAUAAAACUGGCUGAUGUGGAUGAACAAAACAUGUCAAUCACAUACGAAGCUGUUGAAGGAGACAUACUAAGCGACUACAACUUUUUCAGAGUCAAGUUUCAAGCCUCUUCCAAUGGAGAAAACGGCAGCGCCACUGUGAAAUGGUCGAUCGAGUUCGAGAAGGCUGACGAGAACAUCCCUUCCGCGGAAGCUAAUUACCUGGACUUUGUUUCUAAGCUCUCUAUGGGACUUGGUGCUUACCUUGCUACCAACUAACUAAUUAAAUAGCCACUACAACUUGAUGCUUACCUUUCCUUGGAGAUGCUGCAAUGUUAUUAUGUAUUAUUAUGAAUGUAUUUGGACUUUAAUAUAAAGGGGCAAUUGCUAGGUUCAAAUGGCCGUUGCUUUCCCAUUGUAUUAUAUAUAGUAGUUAGUAGUA